UUUCAUGAAAAGUGCACAUACUGUGUGAGUCAUAUAGGGCAAGUCCUGCCUGGUGUGUUUACUCUGCCUCUUGUACCCGGAGCUGUGAAGGCGUUUGGAGAGGAGCAACAGGCGGACCGAAGGAAAGUCGGCGGACAUUCUGGAUAUUAAAACCCGGCUGUCACGGCGUCGGCUAAUUAAUGAGAAAGAGGGGAGUGUUUAGUCCGUUUCUGAAUGGAGCUACUUCGGUUUUCCGCUUUUUGGUGUGGAGCGAUACUGUUUGGUUGUAUUCAGCUCGAGGAGGCGGAGGCCUCUAUAAUGAAAGUGAGAAGGCUGUGCAAGUUCUGUGAUGUGCGGGCCACCAGCUGCACAGGUAAAGGGACCUGCACGGUGGAGUGUGACAUCACAUCCAUCUGCCCCAGUGAUGACGAUGUGUGCGUCAGUAUCUGGAGGGCGAAAGACGACAAUAUCACCUUUGAUACAGUCUGCCACAACCGCUCUCAGAAGCUGUACGGCCUCGUCCUGGAGGAUUACAACAACAGCAAGUGUGAGAUGAAAGAAAGAAAGGGCAUGGGCUCACAGUUCUUUAUCUGCUCCUGCUCUGAGGAUGAGUGCAACGAGCACAUCUUCUUUAACUCCGACAUAGGCUCCCAGGUGGUGGCGGUCAUCCUCGUGAGUCUGGUGCCUCUGCUGGUCAUGGCUGUCGUCGUCAUCACUUCCUUCUACUGUUAUCGGGUCUACCGGCAGCGGCAAGUCAACUCCAAGCGCAAGAAGGCUCCACUGGACUUCAGUGACGCUCACGCCAUCAUGAUAGACGACGAGGGUUCGGACAGUAGCUCCACGCACGCCAACAACCUCAACCACAACACCGAGCUGCUGCCCAUCGAACUAGACGUUCAGGUCGGAAAAGGACGCUUUGCAGAAGUUUACAAAGCUAAGCUGAAGCAGGGCUCCUCGGUCAGCGAGGAGCAGGGCUUCGAGACAGUGGCCGUUAAGAUUUUCCAGUACGAAGAGUACGCCUCCUGGAAGAACGAGAAGGAAAUCUUCUCAGACGCAGACUUGAAACAUGAGAAUGUGCUUCACUUCCUCACAGCAGAGGACAGGAAGGCGCAGAGACAGUGCUGGCUGAUCACAGCCUAUCAGCCGAGAGGGAACCUCCAGGAGUUCUUGAUUCACCACGUCGUCAGCUGGCACGACCUGUGGCUGCUGGGGGGUUCACUAGCACGCGGAGUGGCGCACCUUCACAGUGACCACACCCCCUGCGGUCGCUACAAGGUGCCUAUCGCACACAGGGACAUUAAGAGCUCCAACAUACUGGUGAAAAGCGACCUGACCUGCUGCCUGUGUGACUUUGGCCUCGCCCUCCGCCUGGACAACACUCUGUCUGUGGAUGAGCUGGCCAACAGCGGGCAGGUGGGAACAGCCAGGUACAUGGCCCCGGAGGUUUUGGAGUCCAGAAUCAACCUAGAAAACAUCGAGUCUUUCAAACAGGCCGACGUUUACUCUAUGGCUCUUGUGCUGUGGGAGAUCAUCUCAAGGUGUAACGCAAUUGGAGAGGUGAAAGAGUACGAGCCGCCCUUUGGGAACCUGAGGGAACAUCCGUGUGUAGAGAGCAUGAAGGACAGCGUUCUCCGAGACAGAGGGAGACCUGAGAUCCCCAACAGCUGGAUCAACCACACAGGCAUCCAGAUGGUGUGCGCCUCCAUAGACGAGUGCUGGGACCACGACCCGGAGGCCCGUCUGACAGCCCAGUGUGUUGCCGAGCGCUUCGACGACAUGGAGUACCUGGACAAGCUGUCAGAGCGCUCUGACUCAGAGGAGAAGAUCCCUGAGGAAAUCCUAAUGGUGGAUGAGAAGUAACAGAAACACUGCCCCCAGCAGGGCGGCAGAGGAAUUACAACCAAGCAGCUGGGAGAGGAAGAAACUCCAGUGGAUGGCUUGUUUGCUUGUUUGGGUUAGUCAGAGAUGUGUGGCAGAGGAGGAAACUGGAAAAGCAUGUAGAUGAAACAGAACUGAUAAAAGAGAUGGACUCUGAUGAAUCAGGACCAGACAUAAAUAUAAACACCAGUGACUUGGUUUAUUUUGCUUCUACAUGCUUCAAAGACUGGAUCAGGUCAUAAACAAACAGCAAAAUUACAUUAUAAAGCUUUUUUAACCAAAUACUAUUUGCACUUUAUCAAUAUCUAUGCACACCAAAUGAUAUAUAUUCAGUGUCUUUUUAUUCUGAAAUUUCAGGUAUAGGAAAUAAAGGGACAGAACGUAUGUAGAAAAGAGGGUAAAAGGGUGCAAUGUAAUAUAUAAAGACGGUUAAUAACACUAAUAUUCCCCUUACAGUUUAUUCUACUGCAGUCGUUUUCCGAGGUGGCCUUGGAUAUAUGUCUGCAGGAUUCAAAGUGCAAGUAUAAUUUCUCGUGGCAUGAAAUGAAAAUCACCCACAGCAAAGAAACAGAAAAGCCAUCCGAGGCAGUAAUCUGCAGGGGAAGCUGAUAUCAUAUCUCAAGGACUCUGAAUUGUAAAAUAAAGACGGCAAAUUCAGCCUGAAAAGGGGACAGAUAUAUUUACUGUGUGUGUGUGACUGUGUGUGUGUGUGUGUGUGCGUGUGUGUCUGUACACAUGUAUUACUCAGAGGACUUGAGGGGACAGAGAUAUGUAUAAAGGACUUUAAACAGGAAGUUCCAGCCGUUGCCUUCAGUAUGUAUAUGCUAUGAAAGCUGAACUUCUUUGUACACGUUUUAUUACAGCAAAGGGAAGUCUGAUCCAGCCAUCAGGAAAGAAAAUCUUUAUUAAACUCAUUUUUGUAUAAAAGUGUAAAGCCAUAAUUAAACUGUUACAGGUC